UCUCUCUGUUUUUUUGACCGUUGCAAAAUCAAAUUCUUUAAGCAACUCAAAACCUUGAAACUACCAACAAGAAUUAAAGAACAGAAAAAAACAGAGAACCAAACCCAUCAACAAUGGCAGAUACUAACGGUUCUCUGAAUCAAACCUAUCAACAAAACCCUAGUAUGCAAUCUCUCUUUCAAGCCCUUGAUCCUAUCUCUCUAAUUCUCUCUCAAAAUUCUGCGGAUUCUGAUCAUCCGGUGCCUUUAAGGCUGACUACAGAGAGUUAUAUCAUGGAAAGAGGGCCAAGAUACGGAGCAUAUGCCGAUUUAAGAGAGACAAAGCUAAGAAUGAAGAUGUUAAGGCAACAAGAAUACGAAGAGAACGAUAUCAGACAGACCCCACCGAAGAAACAAGUGAAGUUUUUAGAAAAUUUGAGGCAACAACAAUGUGAAGAGAAUGAUUUUAAACGAACCCCACCAAAGAAACAAGUGAAGUUUCAAGAAAACUUGGGGAAUUCAAGAAAAGGGCUCUCUGUUUUGGCUCAAUCUGUGCCUGAUUUCUCUGCUACUUUAAGGAAAGAAAACCGGAAGCCGCGGCAGGAAUUGACACCUCCUUCAAAGAAUGUGCUGAAAAUGAAUAAUGGGCUUUUAUCGAACUCGAGAGGGAGUAGGUCUGCUAAUGCAGGAGAGAAAAGGAAUGGUGGGUUGUUAAUGGCAAGGAAGAGUUAUGCAAGUGUUGAAGAGCUGAAAGGAUUGUCUUUGGCUGCAGCAAAUGCUAUUAAUGGUGAAAACAGAGGAAACAGAGGAGGUAGAGGUAUUGGUACUGGCAAGACUGUUUUGGGGUAUAGACAGUUUUGAGUUUGAUCAAUCUUAUUGCAGUUUCUUAAUUCUUGUGAGACUUGUUGAUCUCUAAAUUGGGUUUUGUUCUUUUCUUUUCCUAGUUGGAUUUGAUUUGAUGAUGUUUUUAUCACUGCUACUGCUAUUUCUGUAAGUUGUAUUCUUUGAUUGGUUGUUGAUUAGGGAUCUGUGAUUGUAAAGCUCUGGAUAUAAUCAUGUUUUACAUAUGAUUAUAAUAAGUAAUACUGGAGAUACUUUGUCUUUCUACGAUAAAA